AUGGUGAACAUUACAGACAAAAUCAAGGAGAUCGAAGAUGAGAUGCGCCGGACGCAGAAAUACCAUCUGGGUCUGUUGAAAGGAAAACUCGCCCGGUUAAGAGCACAGCUCCUGGAGCCGACUGGCGGCGCCGGCGGCGGUGGCACGGGCUUCGACGUAAGCAAGAGUGGCGAUGCGCGCGUUGCGCUGGUCGGCUUCCCCUCAGUGGGAAAGUCGACGUUCCUAUCCAAGAUCACCAAGACGCGGAGCGAGGCCGCCGCAUACUCAUUCACGACGCUUACGGCCAUCCCCGGUGUGCUGGAGUACGGGGGCGCAGAGAUCCAGAUUCUCGAUCUUCCCGGUAUCAUUGAGGGUGCCGCCGAGGGUAAGGGACGAGGACGGCAGGUUAUCUCUGCUGCUAAGACAAGCGAUUUGAUCCUGAUGGUCCUCGACGCGACGAAGCGGGCUGAGCAGCGAGCUCUUCUAGAGGCGGAACUGGACGCCGUUGGGAUCCGACUGAACAAAGAGCCUCCCAAUAUCUACCUCAAGAUCAAGAAAGCCGGCGGCAUGAAAAUCACCUUUCAGACGCCCCCCAAGAACCUGGACGAGAAGAUGAUCUUCAACGUCCUCCGCGACUAUCGCAUUCUCAACUGCGAGGUCCUCGUCCGCGACGAAUACGCAACAAUCGACGACUUCAUCGACGUGAUCAUGAAAGACCACCGGAAAUACAUCAGAUGUCUCUACGUCUACAACAAGAUCGACAGCGUCAGCCUGGACUUCCUGGACCAGCUCGCCCGCGAACCACACACAGCCGUGAUGAGCUGCGAGCUCGAUCUCGGCGUGCAGGACGUCGUCGAACGCAUCUGGACAGAACUCCGUUUGAUCCGGGUGUAUACCAAACGGAAAGGAGAAGAACCCGAUUUCUCGGAGGCGCUCAUCGUGCGCAGCAACUCCAGUAUCGAGGAUGUGUGCGACUCCAUCCACCGGACGCUCAAGGAGACGUUCAAGUAUGCGUUGGUGUGGGGGGCGAGUGCGAGACAUAUCCCCCAGCGGGUGGGACUGGGCCAUGUGGUGGCGGACGAGGAUGUAGUGUCGAUAGUUGCGAAAUAA